AAGGAACCCCCCAACUCCCCUGCCCGCCGAGCCCGAUAUCGCUAUCGCGGCCGGAAUUGACCCCUCCAAAGCUCCCCCGCCAAUAAACAUUCCCAUUCCAUCCCCCAAAGUUGCAACUCGAGUACUUGCCAACAACCGCCAAGAUGGAUCUCGACCCCAAGCUUGCCCCGUACUCGACGGCCGACCAAACAUCGUUCGCCUGGCAGACGGCCCGGCAGCGAUGGCCCAUCAUCAUCACCCAAGCGAUUGACGAUGCCUAUCGCACCGUGGGUUCUUGCGACGCUGGUGACAAACUGGAGGAGGGCAAGAAGAUCGUCGCCGAGCUUGCCGAGCUCAAGUACGAGGUGCAACACGACCGAGCCUUGACGCCCAUCCGCGAUGAUGGCCACCCCGACGUGGCCGGAUACAACAAGGAGCUGGAGAAGCUCGGCAAGGUCACUUGGCACAAUGCCCCCUGGCUCUUCACCGAGUGCUAUCUCUUCCGCCGCAUGUCCACCUCCUUCAGACUCUCCGCCCACUGGAAGAACUACGACGUCUUCGCCCGUCAAAAGAUCAAAACCUUCCGCUCGUCGCGGCCGGCCGUGCUCGAGCUCGCCGCGCGCUACAAGGACCUCGUCACGCAGCUGCGGUCGCAGGCGCCGCACGACCCGGAGGCCGACGCGCUCCUCUUCACCGAGAUGUGCGAGGUGUGCCUCUGGGGCAACGCGACCGACCUCUCGCUGCUCACCAGCCUGACCUACGAGGACAUCCAGAAGCUGCAGGGGUCCGAGGCCCGCCGCGCCGCCGAGAAGAACAUCCUCGUCAACGACCUGCCCCACGUCUACGCCCACCUGCGCGCCACCAAAGAAUCGAAGGCGGACCGCCGCGUCGACAUCGUGUUGGACAACGCCGGCUUCGAGCUGUACGUGGACCUGAUCCUGGCGGGCUACCUACUCUCAGCCGGGCUGGCAACGACGGUGGUGCUGCACCCCAAGUCCAUCCCCUGGUUCGUGUCGGACGUGCUGCCGACCGACUUCGCCUCGCUGCUGUCCGCCCUCGCCGACCCGCGCGCCUUCUACGAGACGCCCUCCGACGAGGACACCCUCCAGGGCGUCCAGCCGCCGCGCCUGUCCGAGGCCGAGGUCGAGGAGCUGGCGUUCCUGUUCGCCGAGUGGAGCCGCUUCCACGCCGAGGGCCAGCUCGUCCUGCGCCCGAACCGCGUCUGGACUGGGCCCGGCAGCUUUUGGCGCCUGCCCGGCGAGGCGGGGCCGUUGGUGGAGGAUCUGAGGGAGGGGGAGUUGGUCGUGUUUAAGGGGGAUCUGAACUACCGGAAGCUGACGGGCGAUGUUGCCUGGGACCCGACGACGCCCUUCACCGAGGCCAUUGGCCCGCUGGGGCCGGGCUCGGGGCUCAACGUGCUGGCGCUGCGGACGUGCAAGGCCGAUGUCGUGGUGGGGUUGCAGCCGGGCGAGGACGAGAAGCUCAGGGCGAUGGAGGGCGGGGGCGGUGAUUCGGGCGCGCGCAAGUGGGCGUGGAACGGGAAGUGGGCGGUCGUGUCCUUCUCCAAGGGGACGUGAAUGCGGUUGGGGGCGCCAACUGCCGAGGCUGUGAUAUACGCGUAACAUAUAGACAGAUCUGAUUUUCGUGUGGGAUGUUUGAAGAUCCAUUUAUGGAAGUGGAGGGUGUCACCGGCAAGACCGUGGUGCUUCUUCGGCCGUAGACACGCAUCCGGCAGUCUCGAGUGGAUGAUUCAUGCCUCCCCGUGCUACUUCGGCCAGAAACGAC